AUGUAUACGAGAGUGACUUUAUUAACGUUUGUGGCUUUGUUACUGGGAAUUGAAAAUUCAGGUCGAGUAUGGAGUAGCACGGUACACACAAAGAUAACUGAUCAAGAAUUGGAACCGCAUGGAAAAUGUGAGCCAAUUACCAUUCCCUUGUGUAAAGACAUUCAAUAUAAUGAAACCAUUAUGCCAAAUAUUCUGAACCAUCAGAAACAAGACGAUGCUGGUUUAGAAGUGCAUCAAUUUUUUCCAUUGGUUAAAGUGCAGUGUUCAACCAAAUUGAAAUUUUUCCUGUGCACCAUGUAUGUUCCAGUUUGUACUGUUUUGGAAGAUGCUAUUCCGCCUUGCAGACCCUUGUGCAAUCAGGCAAGAGAUGGUUGUGAAAGUUUAAUGAACAAAUUUGGUUUUGAAUGGCCUGAAAGUUUAAAGUGUGAAAAACUUCCAGUGUCAGGAUUAUGUGUUGGUGAAAAUAUCACAGAGCCAACAUCCCAGAGGCCACCUACUGGACCUGAUAUACGCCCACCUUAUACUGGCAAACCAGGGUUUGGAUCUACCAACCCACCCGUUACCUACAAACCCUACCCUGGUAAAAAUAGAACCAGAAGCUUUAACUGUCCAGAUGAAUUGAGGGUUCCACGAGGCUUUGAUUACAGCAUUAAAAUUGGAGAUCAUCUUGAAACAGAUUGUGGUUCUCCUUGCUAUAAUACAUUUUUCAAAUCUGAGAAGCGAGAAUUUGCUCGAUGGUGGAUUGGAGUUUGGUCCUGUAUUUGUCUGGCAUCAACCCUGUUUACAGUGCUAACAUUCUUGAUCGACAUGCAGAGAUUCCGGUAUCCAGAACGUCCAAUCAUCUUCCUGUCUGGUUGCUAUUUUAUGGUAGCUAUGGCUUAUGUUGUGGGAUUUGCUCUUAGGGAAGAAGUUGCUUGCAUGGACCCCUUCGAUCCCCCCACAGACACCAAAGUUCCUGUUCCUAAGGAGAAAAUGGUAUCUAUCAUAACCCAAGGCACAAAGAAGGAAGGCUGUACAAUAUUGUUUAUGAUGUUGUACUUCUUCAGUAUGGCCAGUUCAAUUUGGUGGGUUAUUCUCACCCUCACUUGGUUUUUGGCAGCUGGAAUGAAAUGGGGUCAUGAAGCCAUUGAGGCCAACUCACAAUAUUUCCAUUUGGCUGCCUGGGCUGUUCCUGCUAUUAAAACUAUUGCUAUUUUAGCAAUGGGAAAAGUUGAUGGAGAUGUUCUGAGUGGUGUCUGUUUUACAGGAAUAUUUGAUGUGGAUGCUUUACGUGGGUUUGUGUUGGCUCCUCUUGUAGUCUAUCUGAUCAUUGGAACCUCAUUCUUACUCGCAGGAUUUGUGUCACUGUUCCGUAUUCGAACAAUUAUGAAAAGUGACGGCACAAAAACUGAUAAACUUGAAAAACUGAUGGUGCGUAUAGGAAUUUUUUCUGUAUUAUACACUGUCCCAGCAACUAUCGUGAUCGCUUGCUAUUUUUACGAACAAUCUUUCAGAGAAAAGUGGAUGGUGACAUGGUGGGCCACCACUUGUGAGGGAUACCACAGACCGUGUCCUCAAAACUUAACCUCUAAGCCAUGGCCAGACUUUAAUGUUUUUAUGAUCAAAUACCUCAUGACAGUCAUAGUGGGCAUCACUUCAGGUGUCUGGAUUUGGACGGGUAAAACUUUCAUGUCCUGGAGAAAUUUUUACGGACGGAUCUUUUCUCCGAAAGCAAACGAAUCUGUGGUUUGA